CCAUGCACACAGUGAUUUUUCCAGCGGCACCGCAUUCCCGCAAAUCCCACAUCCCACAGAACAGCCUGACCCCGGCCCUUCCCGCCCGCGCCGCGCGUUCCGGGGGGACGCUUUCCGUGAGGGACCCAUGGCGGCGCGGCGGGCCCGGGGCGGGUGAUCGCGGUUCUCCGGGAGGGCGGCGGGACGAGCGGCUCACCAUGCCCACGGUGGUGGUGAUGGACGUGUCCCUGUCCAUGACCCGGCCCGUGGCCGUGGAGGGCUCCGAGGAGUAUCAGCGCAAGCACCUGGCGGCCCACGGGCUCACCAUGCUCUUCGAGCACAUGGCCACCAACUACAAGCUGGAGUUCACGGCCCUCGUGGUGUUCUCGUCGCUCUGGGAGCUGAUGGUGCCAUUCACGAGGGACUACAACACGCUGCAGGAAGCCCUGAGCAACAUGGAUGAUUAUGACAAAACCUGCCUGGAGUCAGCACUGCUGGGGGUUUGCAACAUCGUCCAGCAGGAAUGGGGGGCAGCAAUUCCAUGCCAGGUUGUCCUUGUCACCGACGGCUGCCUGGGCAUCGGCCGCGGCUCCCUGCGCCACUCGCUGGCCACGCACAACCAGCGCAGCGACAGCAACCGCUUCCCGCUGCCCUUCCCCUUCCCCUCCAAGCUCUACGUCAUGUGCAUGGCCAACCUGGAAGAGCUUCAAAGCACAGAUUCCUUGGACUGCCUGGAAAGGCUCAUUGAUUUAAACAAUGGGGAAGGGCAGAUUUUCACCAUUGAUGGCCCCCUGUGCCUGAAGAAUGUGCAGUCAAUGUUUGGAAAGCUGAUAGACCUGGCCUAUACCCCAUUCCAUGCUGUUCUCAAGUGUGGCCACUUAACAUCUGAUGUGCAAGUAUUUCCCAGACCUGAGCCUUUCAUUAUAGAUGAGGAGAUAGACCCCAUUCCUAAAGCAAUUAAUACAGAUCUGGAAAUUGUUGGGUUUGUAGACAUAGCUGACAUUUCCAGCCCUCCUGUCUUGUCCAGGCACUUGGUACUGCCCAUUGCACUUAACAGAGAGGGGGAUGAGGUGGGACCUGGGAUCACAGACGACACCGAAGAUGAGAAUUCAGCAAAUCAGAUCGCUGGGAAAAUCCCCAACUUCUGUGUUUUAUUACAUGGCAGCCUCAAAGUGGAAGGCAUGGUGGCUGUCGUCCAGUUGGGGCCAGAGUGGUAUGGAAUGCUUUAUUCACAAGCUGACAGCAAGAAGAAAUCAAACCUCAUGAUGUCCCUCUUUGAGCCUGGUCCUGAGCCCCUGCCAUGGCUGGGGAAGAUGGCACAGCUUGGCCCCAUCUCAGAUGCAAAAGAAAAUCCUUAUGGGGAGGAUGACAACAAGAGCCCCUUCCCCCUGCAGCCCAAGAACAAGCGCAGCUACGCCCAGAACGUCACAGUGUGGAUUAAACCAAGUGGCCUCCAGACAGAUGUACAGAAGAUCUUGAGAAAUGCAAGGAAACUCCCUGAAAAAACUCAGACCUUCUACAAAGAGCUGAACCGUUUACGGAAGGCAGCGCUGGCCUUCGGCUUCCUGGAGCUGCUGAAGGGAGUGGCGGACAUGCUGGAGAGGGAGUGCACCCUCCUGCCCGACACCGCCCACCCCGACGCCGCCUUCCAGCUCACACACGCGGCUCAGCAGCUCAAGGUGGCGAGCACCGGAGCCUCGGAGUACGCUGCCUAUGACCACAACAUUGCCCCUCUGCCGACAGACUUCUCCAGCAGCAGCGCCGAGAGGAUGUGAAGGCUCCAUUGCGGGAGCUUCUCCAGACUGAGGCCCGAGCGGUUCUGAUUUUCUUGUCCUGUUUACCUUUUAGGGCCGUUUAAUGACUGGUUGGAGAAAUUCCUCUCCGAUGCCAAAGGGCAUUUUGCAUCAGUGCUCUCUAAGCAAACGUAGCGAGUUCAUGGUGGCUUUAGUCAGACCUGGAAAGUGGGUAAGGUGUCCCAGAGCCAGUUAUGGUGUUGGAUGAUGGGUGGAAGUUGCUCGGUA